AUGAAACUGGCAUAUAUUUUUACCAGUAUUGCGGCUUUUUUGACCGUUGAAGCCAUUCCAUUUGGAUUAUAUUCUUACAGUCCAAGCAUAUACAAGAUAAAGCCUCGUACGGAACCAUCUAAAGCAGUGAACGGAAACUUUCUACAUGUCACAGAUAUUCAUCUGGAUAGCUAUUAUUUGCCAGGAUCUGACCCUGCUACACUUUGUCAUCGUAAUGGAACCGAUUCUACUAAUAAUGUAGCGGGUAUUUUUGGGACACCAGGGUCCCAGUGUGAUUCGCCUGCAACUUUGAUUGUGGAUUCGUUUGGCUUUAUGAAAAAAGAGCUUCAAAAUGUGGAUUUUAUUUUGUACACGGGUGAUACCGCACGUCAUGAUAGAGAUCCCGAUCUUUUACGCACAAUUGAAGAUGUAAUGACAGCACACAGAGUCACUGCUCUUUUUUUUAGUCAGACUUAUAACCUUACAAAAACCCGUUUUAUUCCUACCAUUGGAAACAAUGACGUCUUUAAAAAAGACAACGUAGGACCUGACAAUACAAUAUUCCAACAGCUUCAGGUCAUUUGGUCAGGCUUAAAUUUGAAUUUAACAAACGACUUUCUUACCGGUGGAUACUUUGUCCAAGAUAUCAUUCCAGAAAAACUCCAGGCUAUCAGUGUCAAUACAAUAUUCUUUUUUGAGCCUAACCUUGAAAUAGAAGAGUGCAAAGUUGAAGGUAGUCCAGGGUACUUGCACAUUUCCUGGAUACAACGUGUAUUACGAGAUGCACGCAAAAGCGAGCGCAGCAUAUAUAUUGUUGGACAUGUUCCACCUAAAGACAAUACCGGGAAUAUACUAUACAAGAGUACCUGCUACGACAUGUAUAUUAAUCUUUUGGGCUCUUACAGUGACGUUAUCGUGGGCCAGUUCUACGGGCACACUAAUUCUGAUGCACUGUCUGUAAUAGUCGAAGACGAUAAUUCAGACUUUUCUUUGAUUAGUGCCACAAAUGAUAAAUCCCAGCUUAGAUCAACAGAAAUGGUCAAAAGAAAAGUAGUCGGUGUGCUAUUUAAUGCGCCUUCGAUUAUUCCUGUUUAUAACCCUGCUAUACGGGUAUUUAGUUACACCAUCAAAAGUGCCAAUCACCGAACUGGAACUAUCUUGGAUUGGAUUCAAUACUAUGCCGAUAUCAGUAGCAAAGCUAAUGAGCCUAUCAAAUAUGUAGUAGAAUACGUCGCUUCUGAGCUUUUUGGAAGUGUUUACAAAGUUGGCCAAAAAGAAAAAUAUUAUGGAAGAUUACAUUAG